AUGUUACUAAAAACGCUCCUGCUUCUGUUAUGCUACAUCCAUGGGCUGAAUUUCGAAUGUACUUUAUCGAACGAGGUGUUUUCCUGUCAAAACACCAACAUCAUUGACCUCUACAAGGAGUAUUUUCGAGAUAAAUGGGCGAAAAGUUUAUCUUCGAUACUGGAAAUCAAAAUUUUGAAUUCCAACAUACCCAAAAUCGAUUAUCUAUACAAAUUACCCCAAUUGGGUUAUAUAGAAUCGUUGGAAUUUAGAAACUGUCAACUGACAGACGUCAACAGUAAAGCCUUCUACGAUUUCAAACACUUGAAGACGCUGAAUUUGAAGCACAAUCUAUUGGAGACUGUUUCUUUCGUUAAUUAUCUAUCUGAGACACUGGAGAGGUUAAUUUUGAGUAAUAACAAAAUCGUUUACGUCGAUACGAACUUCAGCAAAUGGAAGAAUCUAAAACUGCUCGAUUUGAGCUUCAAUCGUUUAACCGUUUUGGAUUUCCAUGCCAUCAAAGGUGUACCAGAAAUAAAUUUUGGAUACAACGACAUAAAAUCUGUAGUUCCCUAUCAGAAUCGAUAUUUAUCCGAAUUGGAUUUCGUCAAAUUAAACGUGAGCGGCAAUAAAUUGAGCGCAUACGACGAACAUCAAUUUUUUGUCAUAAUCGAUUGGCUGGAUUUGAGUUACAACAAUUUGAAAAUCAACAUGAAGUAUUCGAAGAACUACUUGAAUUUGGCUUACUGCCAAAUCAUUACGUUCUCGGAGAAAAUCAGCGUCAAAUUCGCCGAUUUGACGGCCGUCGAUGGUAUCGAGAAAUUGAAAUUGAUUUCUGAUCAUUUAAUCUUGAAGGACAAUCGAUUGGGCGAUUUGGACGAUUUCAAAAUCGAUAUUAGAGAUUUUUAUGAUACCGCCAUACGUCAUUUAGAUUUAUCGAAUUGUUCGAUCACUUCAAUACCGGGGGAGUAUUUUAUUAACAUCGUCGAUUGUUCUGUAUUAAAAUUGAGUUUAAAUAAUUUAAAUUUGAUCAAAAAACAUACUUUUAAAAACUCGAAUAUCGCCGUUUUGGAUUUAUCUCGGUCCGAUAUCAAAAUUUUGGAAAUGUCCAGCUUUAAAGACAGUAAUUUUAAUAGUUUAAAAUUGGAUAAUAAUAGAAUAUCGAUUUUGAUCAAAGCUUUCGAUAACGUAUCGGCUUAUGAAAUCGAUUUAUCGUACAAUUCGAUUAGACGUUUGACAGUCGCCGCAUUCGAACGCUUACGCGAUGUCAGAUUAUUGAAUUUAUCGCACUGUUUAAUAAAGAAUAUCGAUUUUGAAUCGCUUAAACCGCUAAAUCGAUUGGAAUAUUUAGAUCUAAGUUAUAAUAGUAUUGCGGUUCUAGACAGUAACGUAUUCAACGCUUUACCAGUUAGGAAUUUGAUGUUGAAGGGUAAUAAAAUUACCAGUAUAAAAUCCUAUGCUUUCAGCAAUCUAUACAACGUAUUAGAAUUGGAUUUAUCUGGAUUGGCAAUUGAAAAUAUCGCUAAUAACGCUUUUUACAACCUGUCGAAUGUACGUAAAAUAAAUCUGUCGAACAACAAUUUGCAAACGGUACUCGCGAAUUUAUUUAUCGAAACUCCGGGUUUAAAUAGCUUAGAUUUUUCUGGGAAUCCCAUAAAAUCGUUGAAUAAAUUCUCAAAUAAACUGAACAUUACCGAAUUAACAUUGAGUUUCGCUGGUUGCAUCGAAUCCGAUCGAAUAUCUAAUUUCCACGUCAAAAUACUGACAGUAAAAGAUUCCCGUAUCGACGUAAUAAAAAACGGAAGUUUUAAAGGUUUGUACGGUUUAACACAUAUCUAUUUCAACGAAUCAAUUAUAAAAAGUAUCGAGAGCGACGCUUUGAUUGAGUUAUUUAAUUUGGAAUAUUUAGACGCGCAGAAUCUGUUCAACACUAUCGAAAUAUUGAACGAGGGGGUAUUUCGAGACAUCAACAAUAUAAGAGCGUUGGAUUUGAGCGGUACCGAUUUAAAUUCGAUCGAUUCUAAAUCAUUUAUCGGUUUGUAUCGGGUCGAAACUUUGCAGUUGAAUCGAAAUGAUAUCGAUGAAAUCGCUAGCGGUACUUUCGAUGAUUUACAUAGUUUGGAAUUAUUGAAUUUGAGUAGUAAUAGGAUUAGGAAGUUGAAUCCUGGAUGUUUUUCGGGUUUAGAUAGUUUAAAAGUACUGUUAUUGGCCGAUAAUCGAUUGGAUAACAUUGAAACGAACGUUUUCGUAAAUUUAAACGAUUUACAAGUGUUGGAUUUGCAGAAAAACUACUUAAAAAACUUGGAAAACGAUCGUUUCAAAGGUGUUCCGAAUCUUUUAGAAUUGCAUUUGGCUAAAAAUAAAUUAGAAACUUUAAAGAACGGCGUUUUUCAGUACCUACCGGAAUUACGAUUGCUAAAUUUACGUGAUAACAAUUUAGGAAUCUUCGGUUCUCCACAGCAUUUAUUUAAGUUCGGCGUAUUGUCUAACCUCAAAAAUUUGGAAGUUUUGGAUCUGACGUACAAUCGUUUCACCACUCUAAACGUCAAAAGUACGUUUAUGUCAUUGAAACGAUUGAGGGAGAUAUAUUUGGAUCAUAACGAUUUGAAAAAUUUAGAUUUCGAAGGAUUGUUGAAGAAUUGUAGGGAUAUGGAGUUUGUAGGAAUUUCUUUUAAUAAAUGGCAUUGCGAUUAUUUGGGCGAUGUCAUCGAAUUGUUGUAUAAUAAGAGCGUUAAUUAUGCACCGGAUUAUCCGAUGUUCGAAUACGAUAAUAUUGAAGGCAUAAACUGUACAGACGUUUGCAAAUAUGUGUGGUGUGAAGGACAUGAUAUAGGCAUUGUUCAAUUGCAAUAA